AUGAAAUAUCGUAAUGUGACUACAUUAGAAGAACCUGUCCCACGACAGCAAAGAAACCCAGAAAGAAAUUCGUCUUACUGUUUAAUAGCGGCCGAUAAGCUGUCAGGAAAAGGAUCGACACAAACCACAAUAUCAAAUCUCAAGCACACGGAAUCAAAAAAUCUAAAAGAAUCACAGCAACGCAAUUCAUCCACCGAUUCGGAAUACGACUCUGAAAAUUCACGAAAUGCCAGAAGAAAUUCAAGAAAAUCAAAAAUAGAUGUGCAAACAUCCUCCUGGAAGAGAGAAGCCGAAUCCACCGCUUCAAAGAAAGACGAAGUCGAGGUGGAUCAAGUUUUGGAUAAAAUCAAAAACACUUGUCCCUUCUGUGAGAAGCAUUUCGAUAACGCGAAGAAAGUUGAGAACCACGUAACGUAUGUACACAGGAAACCGUAUAAAUGCGAUAUGUGCAAAAGGGCGUGUCACACAGCUCGAGCCUUGGAAGAACACAAGAUGAUCCAUCGACCGGAUUACUUCUUCGAAUGUAAGAUUUGCCACGUGAAAUAUAAAAGCGAAGACAGCUUAAAGAGGCAUAAUAUGCGUACUCAUAGCGAUUACGAGUCGAAAUACGUGUGUGAACACUGCGGUCGCAGCUACAAGCUGAAGAUAGAUCUGACGCAUCACAUGAAGAGAUCACACGCAUCAGAAUUGCAGAUUUGUCGAUUCUGCGGUAAGGAAGUGAAAAACGUGAAAGGCCACGAAUGGAGGCAUCAGAAACGUACAAAGGAAGUGAAAUACGAGCAUACUUGCCACUUGUGUCGCAAGAAGUUUCUUCACAGGAGUAGAUUGGAUAAUCAUUUGAGGCUCCACGAGAAAGGCUUCAAAUGCGAAGAGUGUGGAAAAGAGUAUCGUGGAACUCGUGAAUUAAUGAGUCACAGAAGAUUCAAACAUGGCCAGGCGAAGAUUUUGACCUGUAUCCUGUGUCAGAAAGCGUUUCCUUCGAGCAGCAAUUUUUAUCAACACGUUUUGACGCAUGCUGGAAUUAGGCCCUAUAAAUGUGACGUUUGUGAAGAGGAUUUCACACAACGUUCUAGCCUAUUGAGACACAGGAGGCAUCAUCCUGGACCGCUUCCGCCAUUACACUCGACUCAUCCGCAGAUUGCUGAAUUGGCCAGGAGUUAUCUGCAGAAACUGCAGAAUAACCAGAUCGAUAAAAGUUGCGUUUUGGACGCGAGAUUAUGA